CAACCAUUUGGGAUUUCUAGUAUUUUUCAUUUUGGAGUGAAUAAUACCCUAGAAAACACCCCAACAACUCUAGUACCAAACAAGGCCUAACUAUUUUUGCUGUGUGCCAAAUGCACUGGUUUUAUUUUUCCAAGGCUGCAGUGCAUGUCUAUGCUAUGUGCGUCAAAACAUAAUCAUGAAUGGUUAUGAUACAUGGCAUUGAGCAUUUUUUAAUUGAUCGGCAUUGAUAGAAAAUGAUGUAAGUAACUCCUUCUGGUGUUACACAUUGGGGAAAAUGAUAUACUUAGUAUUUUGGGGGAAUGUUGGCAGUGAGGAAUUACACAUUGUAACAUUUGUUUUAUGCAUAUCAUAGAUGGCUGAGGGGAGACAUGGCAAAGCUAUUCUGGGAGCUGUUGAUCAUCCAGUUGAAUGGCAGUUGAUGGAUUUGAAAAUUGAUCGGAAAGAAGAGCAAGUUACCGGAACCCUUAAUACACCUUCAAAUUUGCCGGCGAAGUACGGUGAGUCUGGGAUACGCCUGCAUGUGCGAUUGAUACUGCAUAUGGAUGAUCUGAAUGAGGAUGAAAUUCAUGCACUUUCUGUCAUGAGGAACAGUUGUGGAAUCAACAUCUUGCACGCCAGGUUGGUUCAGGAGAGCCCUCCUUAUCUCCUGGCCUGGGUUGAACCCUACACCGGUAAAUUGAUGGAUUAUCUAAAAUCCAAAUCUUUUGGUGUUCCGCAACUCUCAAACAGCAAACAUCCAAUUGUGCUUCCUACUGCUCUCUUAGGUUCUGCAGUGAGAUCGUAGAUGGUGUUGAACAACUUCGAUUAUCUGGACACUAUCAUGGUAACUUUACUUUUUGGAACACAUACUACAAACUGGAUACCGUUUCUGGUAACCUUACAGUAAAGUUGGCUGAUUUC